GCAGGUGUAUGUGAGGAGGAGACAUGGCCGCAGCUGAUGUGAAAAAAGUGUUGCAGUUGAAGUAUCAGCUCAAAGGCUCAUGUGAAGGACACACGGUGCUGAAAAUCUUAAAAAAACUUCAACAAUUGAACAUAACACUCGACAUUCUGGCUGAAACUGGAAUUGGCAAAGUUGUGAACUCCUUUCGAAAACAUGAUCAGGCUGGAAAGGUGGCAAAAAUGUUAGUUGAUAGAUGGAAAUCACUUGUUCCAAAAGACUCUACAAGUAGGCAACAGUCCCAAGAAUCUUCCCCAAAUGAACAGCCCAACAGAGAAGCUGAAGAUAGGCGUAACGGUGAACUUUCAGAGAGUACCAAUUCUAAAAGAAAAACAAAAGGAGACCAUUUUAGUGUGGAAAAAAAAACAUCCCAGUACAUUGAUGUUAAACGAGAAACAAACCCCAGUAAAACCAAAUCUCAUCCGAAUGGUGAGAAAAAGGAUACGGGAAAAAAAGAUUCUAGUUUAAAUCAAAGCUCACAGACUCACGGCCAUGGGAAAGACAAGAGUAUCAGUAAUGACCGUGUAAAACAUGAAGGUAAAAAGUCUGAGAAGAUGUCUAGUAUAACAAAUAAACAACAGAAUACAACACUUGCAAAAGUGACAGCAUUAAAAUCGACAUCAAUGCGGAGUGAUAAGAAUGGAGAUACAUGCAAGAAAGAUAAGUUGAACAAGACCAAAGAAAAAUCUGAAUCGACUAAAAAAGUGGACUGCUCUGAGACACCAUCCAUGUCUUUUGAAGCGUACCUGAGCUAUGACAUUGAGCCUUCCAAACGCAAAAAAAUCUGCAGUGCUGAUAAAAAUCCAAAGAGACUUAAGACUGGCCACAAAGAGAACUUGCAAGGGCGUGAAUCCUGGGUGAAGACAUCUGGGGCUGUGACGGAAGACCCAUUGACAGCGGCUCCUGAGAGCUCAGUGAUGAACUUGCUCAACGUUCCUCUACCAACAAGUUUUCCUGAAUGUGAAGACAUUUCUCAGUAUCAGUACUUUAGAGAAAAUAAAGCUGAAAGUAAGGUCAUAGACGUCUGUGAAGAGGCCCCAGUUUUCAUCGGACAAAGGCUGAAGAAUAAGAUGCAGGUGUACUCUGGCAGUAAGAUGACGUACCUGCCCACCAUGAUGACACUGUACCAGCAAUGCAUUCGAGCACUGCAGAACAACAUUGACUCUCUCUAUGAGAUUGGAGGAGUGCCUUUUGAAAUCUUGGAGCCUGUUUUUGAACGCUGCACACCUGAACAGCUUCUCCGGAUCGAGGAGUGUAAUCCGGUGUACAUAGGGGUAACUGAUCACCUGUGGGAGAGACACUGUGAGAAAGACUUCAGAAACGCUCAUCUGGAGGAGUAUGAAUCCUGGAGAGAGAUGCACCUCCGUAUGUCUGUGGAGAGGGAGAGAAAACUAAAGCAACUCACAAAGAGCAUUGUCUCUGCUCACUCUGGAAAGCCCAAAGGCAGACAGGUGAAAAUGGCGUUUAUUCAUUCAGCUGCUAAGCCACCUAGAAAUGUGAGGAUUCAACAGGGGAUUCACGGCACAGCUGGCCCUGUGACAGUCCCUCACCCAACAGACAAACCCAGUUGUGUGAAACCUCAUGAGAGUCGUGGAAGAUCCAACUUCAGUGAGUCUCCAAAACCUCCCAACAGCUCUGGCCAAACACAAGACCCACGAAAGAUUAAACGAGUGGCACCUAUGAUGGCGAAGUCCCUCAAGGCCUUUAAAAAGCAGCUUAGUCGCAGAUGAAUGAUGUAGAUAAUAUGGUACAUAACAUGAGUAUACUAUCACUGUUCCAUGCAUGAAGUCUAAAUAGUUUAAUUUAUUUUUCCACAUGUUUGUAAUUCCUGUAAGCAUUUGAUAUAAAUUACAGUCAAAGUUCAACAUAACAUUAUUUGAAGAACAAUAUUGCACUUCAAAAUCAAAUGGUCUCUUUUUAUUGAUAUUUGCUAUCAUGACAGAUACUAUUCUGAAUUCUGAAAUUA